AUGGGAGUUGACAUUGAAACGAUCAAGGCUGGAGAUGGUGCUACCUUCCCGAAAACGGGUCAGACCGUAACUUGUCACUAUGUACUCACUUUACAGAAUGGAAAGAAGGUGGAUAGCUCUCGUGACCGUGGAUCUCCGUUCAAAUUCAAGAUUGGUAAGGGAGAAGUUAUUAAGGGAUGGGAUCAAGGAGUAGCUCAGAUGUCCGUUGGGCAACGAGCUAAGCUAACAAUCUCGCCUGAUCUUGGUUAUGGCUCAGGAGGAGUUCCUGGAGCAAUCCCACCGAAUUCCACUCUCAUCUUCGAUGUUGAGCUUAUUAGCACGAAUUGA